UAGAGCAAAGAAAAUCACAAACUUGGUCUAUCUUUGUUAAUUCAGUCUUUGUCUGUGGAAGCCACAAUCACAAUUUAAAUUUUCGGUUUCUUUAGUAUGGCAGCUUCAAACUCAAUUGACACUCUAAUCGUCGGUGCUGGAUUCAGUGGUCUGCACUUACUACAGAAACUUCGUAAGCUAGGCUUUGCUGCAAAAGUAUAUGAGAGAGGUUCUGACAUAGGUGGAACGUGGUACUGGAAUCGUUAUCCAGGCGUUCGAGUAGACAGCGAUCACACAUUUUACCAAUAUUCACAAGACGACAUAUGGAAGGGAUUCGAUUGGUCGGAAAGAUUUCCGGGGCAAGCAGAACUUGAGAGAUAUUUCAAGCAUGUGGACUGUAAACUGAAUCUGAGCAAAGACAUUUAUUUCAACACAACGGUAACUUCUGCCGAAUUUUGUGGCAAGCGCAACCAAUGGCUUGUGAAAACGAAUAUUGAUGGUAGAGUCACCUGGGCUAGUACCUUGCUUCUAUGCACUGGUGCUGCGGAUUUCAGAUACACUCCGUCAUUUCCCGGUUUGGACCAGUUCAAGGGUGUUACGUGUCACACAAGUUUGUGGCCGAAAGACUUGAACCUUGAAGGGAAACGUGUAGCUGUAAUCGGAACAGGUGCCAGCGGUAUUCAAGUCAUUCAGGAAAUUGCCCCUAAAGUUAAUCAUCUCACUGUUUAUCAACGAACUCCCAAUAUUGCGUUACCAAUGCAGCAGUCAAUUAUUGAAGAUCAGACAAAUUGGACGUUUCCUUCUGAUAAACAGAGGCAGGAAAUCUUAACAUAUUCACGCACUACUUACUCUGGAUUAGAUAUGGAAAGCAUACAGCUUGACGGUGCUAAUGCUACGCCGGAGGAACGUCGUAUCGUAUUUGAAGAUUUAUUCAGACGCGGUGGUUUCCAUUUUAUUUGCGCAAAUUACCGAGAUCUUCUAUUGAAUCGGGAAGUCAACAGUGCAGCCUAUGAAUUCUGGUGUGAGGUGACGAGAGCGCGUAUCAAUGAUCCAAUAAAAAAGGAUAUUUUAGCGCCAUUAAUCGCACCCCAUCCAUUCGGUGCCAAACGAAAUUCACUGGAACAAAACUAUUACGAGGUGUUCAACCAAAACAACGUUGACAUUAUUGACGUACGUAAGUCCCCUAUCAUUGGAAUGACUGCGGAUGGCAUUGAAACCGUUUCAGAAGGAGAAGUCAAAGUAGACGUCAUAAUAUUUGCAACCGGAUUUGACGCUCUCACCGGAGCAAUUCUCAAUAUUGACAUAAAAAAUGACGAACGCAAAUCACUCAAAGACAAAUGGAGGAAAGGGGUGUGCACGAAUGUAGGUAUGACAACGGCCGAUUUUCCGAACAUGUUUUUCUUAUAUGGUCCACAAGCACCAACCUCUUUCGCCAACGGGCCUAGUCUAGCAGAAAUUCAAGGCGACUGGAUUAUCAGGCUGUUGGUAUACAUGCGCACGAAUAAAAUGAGCAAAGUCGUUGCUACCCAAGAGGCAGAACGAAAUUGGAAGAAAAUGGUUACAGAAGUGUGGAACAUGUCUCUACUUCCGGAGGCCGAGUCAUGGUAUCAAGGCGCCAAUAUUCCAGGUAAAACAAAAGAGACGCUCAUUUUUCUGGGAGGCAUUCCACGGUAUGUUUCAAUAUUGGAGGAUUCAGCUAAGGAUGGCUACAGCGGAUUUGUACUUUCGUAGAAAUUGAGUUAGGUUAAAAUGAGUGUUGAGGUUGACGAAAACAACCGCUACAAUAGAAUGUAAAUUAAUCCUAAACCACAGUUUAUCAUGGUCGCAUCAAGUGAAUCCGCAUCGUGUCUCCAACUGUAGAAAGCUUUGAAUGUAAUAACUUCAAAGCAUAUUCGCUGGAACGCGUAAUUAAAUUUCUUUCAGUUUCCACAAAUUGCUUAUUAAAAAGAAUAUUCGCAUGGCAAGGCAUUACAUUUGUAGUAAAAAUAGCGUGUCUUGCGGAUAGAUUAGUUAAAAUAAAAAAUUCAGAUGGGUAAUACA